GAUUACAAGCGUUUAUAUAACGCAGAUCAAGACUGAGGCACGACGUUGUUUAGUUAUCUAGUGGAAAGAAAAUGCUGCGAAAUGAACUUGAAAAAUGAAAGUUUAUCAGUUGUGUGUGAUUACAUUGAUUUCAUUAUGUGAAGAAUGUUUUGGCAGAGUGUGUAUUUCAAGCCAUCCCAAUGAGAGAGAACUACCAUUGGUUAAGUCACCUACAGUCCGUUGCCAUAGUGAUUACCAAUCAUGUUUUACAAGAUGGGAUUCAGUAAAUGAAACAGAAACUAUAACUGAGCAAGGAUGUUUGAAUGUGGGAUCACAUGAUAUCUGUGCACUGUCAGACUGUAUUGAACGGAUAGAUGGCACCACUAGUCACAAUUUUUGUUGUUGUUACACUGAUCUCUGUAACCAGAACUUUACCAAGGUUACAGAUGUUGAGUACAAACAGAUAACAGCCAAGAAAAAAGUGGAUUCCUGGAACAACAGUCAAGAGAAACUCACAAAAAAUACUUAUAGUUUCCAAACCAUAUGUGGUUACCAUGACAAUAGCAGACAAGAAUCUAAUAGCAGCAUGGACUAUGAAGUUGACCAGUUGCCAGGAACAUUAUUGAAAGAUGGUUCAACAGUUCUGUGCCCUGGUGAUGAUUAUUGUUUUACAGUAUGGCAAGUCCUCAAUAAAGAUAAUGAUACAGAAAUCCGCAUUGUAAAACAAGGCUGUUGGCAAAAAUCUGAUGACAAGCAUUGUACAGUAGGUCAGUGUGUUGCAAACAGACGUUCUACACAAGUUAAAUAUUGCUGUUGUUAUGGUAACUUGUGUAAUACAAACAUGUCAGAUAUAUAUGACCCUUCCCAGCAUACAACAGAAGAUCCUCAAUUUCCUGGUGCUAAACAUUUGGCAGAAGAAUACACCCAGUACAAAGAGAAGACAAUUAUUAUCUCCCUUGUUUCUGUUGUUUCAGUGGCAUUAAUUAUUAUGGGCGUCUACUUAUUAUAUAGACUUUGUUUAGUCUCUAAAAAAACAUCAAAUGAUUCACUCCACCUAGUGGAAGCCCCACCUCCAAGAGGUAUGGAAUUAGAAGGUGUUGAAAUAGAAAAACAGAUUUGUCGUGGUAGAAAUAGUGAGGUUUGGCAAGGAACCAUGGGAACUAUGAAUGUUGCAAUAAAAAUGUUUCAGUCAAAUCAUAGACAGUUAUUCUUAAACGAAAAAUAUAUAUACUCACUUCCUUUCAUGGAACAUGAAAACUUGUUGAAAUUCUAUGGCUGUGAAGAAAGAUUAACUAUGGAAGGCUAUAAACAGUAUUGGGUAGUUCUGUCAUAUUGUCCAGUUGGGAACUUACACUGCUAUUUGAAGAACAAUACUGUUGAUUGGUCAACUUUUUGUAGAAUGGCUUUGACUAUUGUGAAGGGACUUUCUCAUCUUCACACACAGAUAGAAAAAGGAGAUCAGUUCAAGCCAACAAUAGCUCACAGGGAUAUAAAUACAAGGAAUAUUUUAGUAAAUCCAGACAACACAUGUGUAAUAGGAGAUCUAGGGUUUUCCAUAGCCACUGUUGGCUCUAAACUUAUGAAAAAUGGACAUUAUGAAAGUGCUGAACAGGCUUCUUUGCAAGAUGUUGGUACUCUUCGAUACAUGGCUCCAGAACUACUGGAUGGUGCUGCUAACCUACGAGAAUCUGAAACUUCUUUGAAGCAAAUAGAUAUUUAUGCCUUAGGACUCGUGAUAUGGGAAAUUGCAACAAGAUGUACUUGUUUAUAUAAUGGUGUACCAGUGCCUGACUAUACCUUACCAUACCAGAAGGAAGCUGGGUUACAUCCUACAUUUGAAGAAAUGCAAAUUCUGGUGUCCCGUAAUAAAGUUAGACCAAAGUUUUCUGAAGUGUGGAAAGAUUAUAAUCAGGCUGUCAGGGCAUUAAAAGAUACAAUGGAAGAUUGCUGGGACCAUGAUGCUGAAGCUAGAUUAACAUCUAUGUGUGUUGAAGAAAGAAUGUUAGAUAUGAUGACUCUUUGGAUGCAAGAGUCUAAGCACAAAGCACCAACUCCACUGACAACCACCAGUAACAUGUUCAGUAAUUCUAUAGAGGGUAUACAGGAGCCAUCUGUCUCAACAGAACCCUCUUCAUUACGACCAGAGAUCUCUGAACUAAAUGACAGCAGUACAGCUCAUCUUAUUGUCAGUUCUCCACCAAAUACUAAUGUCAGUCGUGACAUUGAUAACUCAUUUCCUCGUAGAGGGAUGAGUGUAUCAAAUUCUACUGUUGAAACUUUUAUACCUUCAACCCCUUCAGAAGGGGAAACAUUCCAGAAAAAUUUUAAUGUAAUGCUAGAGAAAAAUAAUCGUGUUCUUCAACCCCAUCAAGGUCAUAAUCCAACUGUUGAAAGAAAUACACACAAGCGUAGCGAUGAAGAACUUGCCAUCUCUGGUAAUACCUUGAUAUAUGGAAAUGAACUGCAUAAUAUAAAUAAUAAUUUAUCUCUAAAUGACACUCAGUUGGAUAAUGUCAAUGAAAAUUUAGAUACUUCUUUAGUUCAAAGUGAUGUGUUAAAUAUGAAUACAAGGCAUGUUCAUGCACCUAUUCCAUAUCUGCAGAACCAAGUUCACAGAACAGGUAUGGGAACGCGACCCAAAAAUGCUAAUAUAAUAAAUGCUGGAAAUAAAAUGGAGACUAAAAAAACUUUUUUGGAAAAAUUAUUUGGACAGAGAGGAUUUAAUCCUUUAGGUUUUUUCCACCUGGGUUCAAAACCCUGGGGAAAAUCAAACGUUAAUGGGAAUGUGCAAUCUCUAAACACUGAAAGUGACAGUGGUGUUCAGUUAAAUGAAAGGAUUAGUGCUACACACCAACCCUGUAUAAAUCCAGGUCUUAGACCAAACCAAAAUAGUGCUAACAUAUAUAAUCAAACACCAUCAAACCAUGAUCAACAAAACAGACACAAAGAAUUAGUUGUCAGUAUACAGAAUGGAAGGCCAGUCCAUAGGCCUACAAAUAUUUCCAAUCCAAUUGGAACAGACACUUCAGAAGACUCAACAGAACCAGAUGAUAGAGUUUUGCCAGACCUCUCUGAUGAAAUUGGAAUUGCUCGUAUGGAGAUGUUCCAGCCACAGAAGUUUAAACUUGUGAUAAAAGAUAAAGAAAAUGAUGAAAAGUACUCAAAAAGUACUUCAGAUAUAUCUCCUUACAAAGACGAGAAUGGAGUAUUGAAACUUCAUCGACCUGAUUCACUAAAAUUAAAGGGACACAACUACAAAGUCAACUCUAGUCAAACAUAUCCACAGAACAAUAUACAAGACAGAAAAUAUAAAAUAAAGCGCCGUGUGAAAACACCUGUGAAGGUCAAACAUGGACGUUUUUCAUUGUAUGAUGAUCGGUUAAUGAGUCAGUAUUGUAAUGAAGAUGAAGAUGAGAAUUAUUGUAUGAAACAGACAAGUGCUAGUUUGUAUCAAAUCAAAAAGUGCUGUGAUGACAAUUCUGUCAAAAUUAGUCACUGUAAUUGUUAAAGUUCCCUCUCUCUAGACUCUAGAUGAUAAUCACAGAUCUGAGCUUGUAUUAUGUUUAGGAUUUGAUUCAAGUAUACAUACCAAAUUGCACUUUGUUUUGUGUUUAUAUUGUUCUGUAAAUAUCUCAUUUUACAGGCAAGUCUUUAUUCAGUUGAAAUCCUGUUUCUUGUACUUUCACAAACUAAGUAGAUAUAUUCUUCCGGAGGCAUUAAUGAAGUCAUUUGAAAUAUCAGUUCAAACCGAUAGGCAGUGCUUUUUUUUUUGCAUGCCAAAUUUUCUGAAGGAAAUAAUGAAGUCUUUUGAAAUACUGUAUCAGUUCAAACCGAUAGGCAGUCCUUUUUUAAUGCAUGCCAAAUUUUCCCUGGCUUAUAUCAUCAAUCAUAUGUAGUUUGAAGAAUGGAGGUUUAUGAUGUUGUAGUUUUUUACCAUACUCUUUCAUAAAAUGAAUACACAUUUGAAAAAUGUUGCAUAUUAUUUUUUUAUUUAAAUCAAUAGGAAAUCAUUUGUGGACAUAUUAACAUAAAGCAUUUUUAUUGAUUGUUUCCUUGUUAAGCAUCUAGUGGCAAGUUGUACAUUGAUUGAUUGGUUUAUGAGUGCCAAAUGAACAGUAGCAGAUAUAGCAUACAUAUUCGUGAUGAAAACACUUCAAUGGCAUGUUUAUAAGGGUCUCACAUUUACCAUCACUUUGCGUGUUUGUCAACAAAUUUUGUAAACACAAAAACUUCAAAAGUAUGGGUAGGACAUCAAUAUUUUGCACAUUUUUCUUACAUAAUAUGUAAUAAUAUUUUUUGUGAAAAUUAGCAAAUUGAUUAUGGUAGAUAUUUAGUUUUGUUAAAAAAUCACCAACUUUGAGAAAUACUUUUUGUGAACACAAAAUCUCCAAAGUAUGAGUAGGACUGGUACACAGUUUUUUACAGGUGGUGUUGUGCUUUGUAUGUUGAUGAGACUAAGCAAAUCAUUUAUUUGUGAAAAUUGAAAUAGGUUCCUUGUGUCUUAAGCUAUCUGUCUGUCAUUAAAAGUAGAUAGAUAUUAAGUGCUUGAAUUUCAAUGAAAUUUGAUAUAUAUCUAAAACCAGAUAUCCUGAACAUGCUGAAUUAAUUCUUGGUGUCAAAAUCAAUUCAUUUUCCGACAUUUUUAAUUUUUUUCAAAUGACUGCCAAAAUAAGUAAACAUUCAAAGUGCUAAGAUUUCAAUAAAAUUUGAUGUCUAGGUUAGAAAAUGAUUUGACUUGAUUUCUGGUGUCAAAAAUUAUCUAUCUAUUCCAAUUUUCAUAAUAUCUGUUGGUUGCCAUUUUCAAAAUAGCAUGGUUUUAUAAUUAGUACAUCAUGUACAUUAGAACUCUUUUUCAUUAACCAGUAAAAUUCAUGUUUCGCUUUUGAUUUGAAAUCCAUGAAAAUUAUUACCCAAGUAAUAUGUUUUGUUUUAUUUGCAUCAGUAUUAAUUAUUUGUUUCUGUGCCUCAGAAAAAUGUGGAAGUGGGGCCCUUGCUGACAUGUCAAUUAUCUGUUAUAUUCUGCUUUGUACUAAAUCAGCCGGCUGAGUUAUAUUUAUAUCGUUUAAACACACAUCAGUCUUACCAACAGGUCUUUGCUCUUAGUACUAAAAGCUGUAUGCUUAGCAAAGAAACAGCAAAAUACCAAUUAUAAAGUCUUUGAUUUAAUAUUGCUGUGAGUUGCACUCCAUGUGAUCAUGCUAACACUAGACUACUGAGGCAGUAUAUCUCUGUUUUAGAUGCAGAUUGCAUCACACUUUUUGUAUUAUAUAAAAAAGAGGUUUACAUUUUGCUGAAUUAGAUAUUGUGAUGAUUAUGUAAAUUUUCUAUUAAAGAUAGACCCAUAAGUGCAAGUGUCUAUGGUGCUUUAGUAGAACAAAUUAUCAAUUUUUUUUUUAGAAAUAGUUUGUAUUCAUCAAAAUCAAGAAAAUUUAUAUCAUAAAUAUCUAAAUUAUUAGAGAUUCAACAAAUUUUCAGCCUUGUUUGAGGCUUUUUUUUUUAUUAAAGAUAAGCUUUCAUUACAUGUCUUAUUUUAAUAUAUGAAUUUCACUGCUCUAUUAUAUUAACUUGCCUAUUCAUAAUCUAAAACACUCAGGAUAAUAUUUUCAAAAAACAUAUGCCAAAGUGUAAUGAUUGGUAAUCACUAUCCUUAAACAUUAGAAUUCAACCAAUUUACUAUUUAUUUGGUGCACAAACUGUAAUAUUUACCAUAUUUCUUUAGAUUUUAGAAAAAGAAAUACUAGGUAAAUGAGACUGUUUACCAUCACUUUUUUCUAUUUCCAUUAAAUUAUCUAGACAUUGUAAGAAGGGGACUUCAGGUUGUGAUAAAUAUUUGUGUUCUGAUUAUCAGUGCUAAGUGUUGCAGUGUUGCUUAUGUUUUAGUGCCAAGUGGUCUUGUAUGUGCAAAUCAUUUCCAAAUUUGUAAUCCUUUUCAAUGCAUUAUUAUUGGUUGAGUAUCAUUGUAUGAAAACUCAAACAGUAAAUAAUUUGUAAUUGAAAUAUACCAGAAAUUGUGGAAAAAUUCUUCAAUACUAAGACAACAGUAAUAUCAUUUCAAUGAAUAUUUAAUACAAGUAACUAAUUUUAUCAUGCAAUAGUUAAGUUACCUACACUUUUAAAUAUCUGCAAUUUGUGUUUAAGUUUUUUUAAAGAAGUGGUAAGAAGUAGAUAUUUCCUGUUUAAUUUAAAGUAAUAUUUUGUUUAUAUAAAUUCUGUAUUAAAUUAAUGUGACUUCACUUCCAAUCUUUAACAACCUUAGUAAAUAAUGCUGAGUUUAUCUUAACAUUGAAGUGGUUAACAAUUUUAUAUUUUCUUCUCAGUCUUGCUUUACAUUGCAGCAGACCAUUAAAUAAUUCUUUGUAGGAGUGGGGGAAUAACUCAUAUUAAAUUAGUCUGUCUUUUUAAACAAUUUAUUCAUGAAAAGUCUGUGGAUGAAGUCUUAUGGUAGCCAUUCUUAUUAUGAUUUGAUAUCAACAGACAAAUUUUGUAACUGCUUAUUUAAAUACCUGAGUCCAUAUCAAAACCAAUCAUGUUUGUCAAUUUUUUUUUAAAUAUCUGGAACUAAAAAAGCUGUUUAUAAUAAAUUGUGGGAUAAAAAUCUGCUUAUUAUUAAAAAAAUAACAUUUGACAGCGAUUAUAUACUGUAUAAUUAACAUUUAUUCAUGAUCACUAAUCAGUAUUUGAGCUUAUGUAUAUUUACUAACUGUAAAAUAAUGUCUCUACACAUCUUUCUUCUUAUAUGAGCAGAGAACAACAGUUCAAUUUCUGUAUACGGUACCAGUUUUUUUAUGCCUCACCUAGGGGCAUUAUGUUUUUCAGUCUGUGCGUCCGUUCGUCCAUCUUGUCCUGCUUCAGGUUAAGGUUUUUGGUCGCUUCAGGUUAAAGUUUUUGGUCAAGGUCGUUUUUGAUGAAGUUGAAGUCCAAUUAAGUGUACCAUGUUCCCUAUGAUAUGAUCUUUCUAAUUUUAAUGCCAAAUUAGAGUUUUGACCCCAAUUUCACGGUCCACUGAACAUAGAAAUUGAUAGUGCGAGUGGGGCAUCUGUGUACUAUGGACACAUUCUUGUUUUGCUGUCAUUCAGUAGAAUAUGGGUCUUUCUUGAAGCUAAAUGUUUCAAUUUCUAAAAUAAUGCACUUUAAACAAAUAUGUGUGCAUUGUAGAAAUACGUAAAGUUUAUUAUGAAGAUUUAAAACUGACCAAAAUGCUUGUCACAGGCAUUAGAUUUUUUUUGUCACUAAAAUUUGGUCAAAUAACUUUAUAUUUUUGGAUAAUAUACAUAUAUAGUGAUGAAUGUGUAUGUUAUUUAUAACAGUGCCAUACAAUUAGUAUUGUGUUUGUUCUGUUUUUAUUAUGUUUAAUACUGUUCAUUAUUUUAGAAUGCAAUUGUACUUUUUCAGCUCAUCUGGCCCAAAGGGUCAGUGUAGGCUAUUGCCAUUAGUCGGUGUCCAUCCUUACUCUGUUAAUAUAAGUGUACAUGUAUGAUAUAAAAAUCUUUGAUUUUAAUUGGCAUGAUAUAUUUUUUUGAAUAACCUUCACUAUAUUAGCUCUAGACCCAAAUACAUAACAUUUGAGAGCAUCAAAAUCAAAAAGCAACUCCACAUAAUAUGUCCUAAAUAACCUGCCCACCUAAAUUUCCUAUGGAAAAUAACAGAACCAGUUCAGUAAAAUAUCUGUAUUCUGAUAUUUUGACCUGUUCUUUAUCGAAAUUAUAAACAUUUUGUCUUACCAGGUACAUGUGAUUGUUUUCUCAAACUUUGCAGACAAAUUUUGUAAAUAACGACCUCAAAAGCAAAUUUCAGUGAUAACACUUGCUUGCCUCAAGAUAAUUGCACUGGCACAAAGAUUAAAGAGCUGAAGGAUGAAAGUAGUUGGUUUGCAUUGUUGAAUCAACUGUUUUGAAAAAUUGUCUAAGUUAUCAAUAAAAGUCCUUUAUUGUAAUGAAAAUUUCAAAUUUAAUCCUAUUUAAUAGGCAACCAAUCAAUUACACAAAGUACAAAUCUAAAAGUUCCUGAAAUCUAGUCCAAAGCCAAUAACAUCUUAUAAGUACUGUUAAAUCAUAUUCUGAAAGGCUAAAGUAUCAAUCUGUAUACAUCGUAUAGUUAAUUGUUCUUCAAGCAGAAGUGCAAUAAAAGUUUGUUUUGAAAAAAAAAUUUUUAAGAACCUCUCAUAAAUUACAUCUCUGGCUUCAGAUGUUUACAGCAGCAAUCUUCAAUAAUAAAUAAUGUAUCUUAUGUUUGUCAAAUUAGAAUGUUCUUUUGAUUGUUGAUUAAAGCAGCUGGUCUUAAAAAGGUCUGAAGGGAAAGUCUCUCACAUUUAUCCAGUAGAUAAAAUAUUGAAGAACUGGAUUUUCUGUCAGUAGCACACCAUCUAGUUUUAUUAACAUUUACUUUAUUUUGCCAAAAUUACUUAAUAUCAACUCUGCUAUCUCUCUUUACUAUAUUAAUGUAAAUAUUUUUAUAUUAAGAGAGGGAAUUGAUUAGGAUAUUGAACAAGAUUUAAAUGGAGUUUUUAAAGCAUUUUCAGUAAUAUACAAUAUUUGACAGGUCACAAUAGAUAUAAAAAUUGAUAAGUUAUUUUUAUGAAAUGUGAGAUAAUGAAACUUGUCUUGCAUAAUAUUGCAGUACAUUGUAUUAUUAUCUCUAUACAUUUCCAUGCUUACUAUCUCCUCACAUUGGAGUUUUACGAUAGGUUAUACUUUUUUUCAUACUACAAAUACUGACCACAACAUUGAAUGAUUUUCAGUAGACAACACCUUGUAAAUGUGAUACAGGUUGAGUCAGUCUUCAAACUGUUUGCACAUUUAUAAUAACCAUGAGAAGAGAAUUAACCUUUUGAUUUUCAAGGUCAAAUGUCUAGCUAAAGAUGGCUUAUAUUGCAGAUUGAAUCACAGGUUGAAAGAAUAAUUUGCCACAAUUAAAAACAUUAUAGUCAUUCAAAUUUGUGGGGCUUGAUGAUUCUUCAUUUCACAGUGCCCUUGUUUUCUACAUAACUUAUAAGGUUGUAAAUAAUAUUAUAUACAGGAAUUUCUAACUCCUAAGUAUUGUUUAUUAUUAUCACAUGUGCCAUGUUGUUGUGAACAAAAUGUUUGUUACUUAUUAGCUAUGCUGCAAGCUAUUUUAUGCAUUAAAGUAGUUAAAACUC